AUGUCCACACCUCAUAGACGCUCUGCAUCGGCUCGUGUCCCUUGCACCUCCUUGCAUUACGAGCAUGACAACCGAUACUGCCUAGCCCAAUUCGAAAACACUGGAAAGUACGUUGAAAUGGGGCCCGAAAGUUUUUUGGAAGUGUUUCUGCCCGUAAUCGGAGAUAUCCCGGCCUAUCAAGGGUUCAAGUCAGCAGAAAAUGCGUUGAAAAGGGCGUCAGGAUGCCAGUAUGAAGUAGACAUGUACUCAGACCUGGUCCAAGCUUUUCAAGCGUACUGCCCUACAUUGGAGUUUCAUGAUACUCAUAUGCAUCCUGCGUAUGCUCCAUAUGGGGAAGGGAAGGUGGAGAUUAAACCCGACAUUUCAAGUUAUUACCGAGGCGGCGUUGGUCCUGAAGAACCAACCAUUUCAGAAGCUGAUCCUCCUGAGUUGCCAGGGGAGGAUGGUUCUGAGGAGUCAGACAUUUCAGAAGAGGCUGGUUCUGAGGAGUCAGACCUUUCAGAGGAGGCUGGUUCCGAUGAGCCAGACAUUUCGGAGGUGGCUGGUUCUGAGGAGCCAGACAGUGGAUCAGAGGAGUCAGACGGUACAGAGGAGGCUGGUGCUGAGGAGCAAGUCAGUGCAGAAGCUCGACCUGAACCAGCUCGACCUCACCCCGCUGAGAAGCUAGCGCCAGUCAACCUUCAAGAAGCGGAAAUCAUCGUCGAGGUCAAGCUCAGACUUGGAGACGACGCCUUCUCAGACGAAACUGAAGGUCAAUUUGAAAUGAAUACAACUCAAGGGCAAGAUACUCGCGGACAAAUUACGAUGUACGCGACUGCCCAACUCGCUUUACAACAACGUACCCAUUGUUUCUCUAUUCUGGUCAUAGGUACCUUUGCUCGACUUAUUCGCUGGGAUAGAGCGGGUGCUGUUGUCACCCCACGGUUCGACUAUACGAGGACUUCAUGGUUGCAGAAAUUCCUCCACAGUUACAGUUACGCGACUCCGAAAGUUCGCGGCAUCGACACUUCCGUGUACAGUCUCGAUGAUUGCGACGACGAGUCUGUUCGGACUUCGGAACAGGCGACGCGAAACGCACUCAACCUCCUCCACGAGCCGCUAUACGUCUUCGAAAUAUAUGACGAUACUACAGGCAAUCUGACAAGGGUUAUUGGGUCCCAACCUUGUGUCAGGAACACCGACUCUCUCACCGGACGAUGCACUCGCUGUUACAAAGUGUAUGAUCCCAAAGAUAGAGAGGUUCGAUUCUUGAAGGAUACGUGGAAGGUCUCUGCACAACAUAUCUUGGGGGAGGCCGUUGUAUACUCCAAGUUGAAGGCAGCUGGAGUACGCAACAUCUUGACGCUCCUCACGUCCGGGAACGUCCGUCACAGAGGACCUGAAGACAUACAGGCCACACAGACUCACCGUCGUCAAACUAAGGGUAAACCUCCACUCAAGCGUUUGAGAGGUCACUACCAUUGUCGUCUGCUUUUCAAGGAAUGCGGGGAGAGCCUUCUAAAUUGUAAGUCUGUUGGACAAUUAAUCACUGUGAUGCACGACUCUAUGAUUGCUCACAAGGAUGCGUAUGAAAAGGCUAAAAUUUUGCAUCGUGACAUCAGUUCCGGGAACAUCAUCAUGGUGGAUGGUAAGGGGAUCCUCAUUGAUUGGGACGUAGCUAAGUUGCACACUGAUCGAACCCCUCGUCAAAAUGAGAGGACGGGUACAUGGCAAUUCAUAUCUGCAAAGCUGCUUUUGGCAAAAAAACCGACACUACAUGUGCUUGCGGACGACCUCGAAUCCUACUUUCACGUCCUCUCACUGCAGGUCUUGAAGUACACUAAACACGGCAUGCCUCUGUAUGAUUUAGCAAAUUACAUCAAAAAAGUGUAUGAGGAAGUCAGUGUCGUCGGAGAGGGGUCUGCCGAUUCCCAUCGUCCCCCCCAAGGUGGCCAUUCCAAGAGUUGGUCGUUGGUUGUCAGAAGCAUGACACUUCUCCCGGUUCCCAACGAUGUUCUUCAUUCUUUGUUGGACGACCUGGAGGACGUACUGCGAGUUCGCUACCUGCCGAAACCAAGGGAUGCGGACAAGAAAGGGCUGCGGGACAUUGAGCGGCUUGAGCAGGAAUUGGCUACCGCACAGGGGGAACGCAGGAAAAUUUUACGACAGACGCACGCUGCGUGGCAAGCUGCGCGGGAGUACACCGAAUACACCAAGCGCCUGGAAGACCAUAACCUGGUUUUAGGCCUGUUCGAUCGUGCAACCAGUUUGGAGCAUAGAAUGCCAGAGAAACUCAAGCUGAACAAGACAAAGCAACUCGCCGUCGAUACCCUUUACGCUAAGACCAGGAAGAGGAAAAACGAUGACGUUUCUGAUAGUGAGGAUGAAAGGGAACACUGGAACAAAAAGUCGAAGAAACCGAAGAAGAAGGUCUGA